UGCUAAAAAGUAAAAACUUGCUCAUAGCAGAAACCACAGAGCGCAAUUUGCUUUAUUAAUUUGUAAUAUUUUGCGUACGUAAUUUAUUUGCAGUAGUUAACUUCACCCAAGGACAUGGAAGACGAAUUAGAGGACAGAGUUUUGUAUCAAACUUAUCUAUCGUUUGUGAAAAUCGUUUCAAGAUUUACGAGUGCUGUCGCAUUUGACACUCCAGUAGGCUAUUUAUGGAAAAUGAUACGCCUUUAUUUACUGCGUUCGGAAGUGUUAGUGUUCACUCUCGCGAUAAUUAUAUUUUUCAUGUAUCUGCAAACAAUCGGACUAUGGAGUCGAACCCUUCUCAGCAGACUAUCGCAGGCCAUGAGCCCUCUGAGUGCAGUACAGCGAAUGAAACUCAUGGAGGGCUCCGAAGCUGACAAACAAAGCUGGGAACUCAAAGGGUCUUUAAGUGCAGCUUAUGCAAUCAAAGGUAGGAGAAUGCACAUGGAAGACAAGUUUAUAAUAAACGAGAAUAUAAACAACACGGGUAUAUCUCUGUUCGCCAUUUUCGACGGUCACGGGGGUGAGUUCGCCGCCAAUUACGCCAAAGAUCAUUUAAUACAGAACUUAUUCAAUAAAGUGGUAGAGUUGAGUGAUUUUAAAGAUGGCAAAGUAACACCACAAAAAGAAACUCCAGAGGAACCAAAAAAGGAGGAGAGUAGUGUCAGUGUCGAAAGAAAAACCAGUUUCAAAAAGUCCUCAAGCACAGCAGAUGAUACAUUAAAAAAGGAGAUCACAGAUCCAGAAUUACUCGCCCAGCUCAACAAGGCCAGGCCCAUUAUAACGAGAGAAGUCAAACCGACAAAGCCUGUGAAAAAUAUAGCUGUGCCUUUAUCAAAUUAUAUUGAUAAAGGGAAAAUCAAUUUUGGUAAACUUUUAACGGACGAAGUACUCGCAGCUGACAGGUUGCUGGUGGAAGCCGCCAAGAGAUCCAUGAAUGUGGCUGGGACUACUGCAUUGUUAGCUAUUUUAGAAGGCAACAAUCUCAUAGUGGCAAAUGUUGGAGAUUCUCGAGGAGUGAUGUGUGACAAUAGAGGCAAUGCUAUACCACUUUCAUUUGAUCACAAACCCCAACAGGUACGAGAACAAAGAAGAAUAGAAGCGGCAGGUGGAUACAUCGCUUUCAAUGGAGUCUGGAGGGUAGCCGGUAUACUAGCAACAUCCAGGGCUAUGGGAGACUAUCCUCUCAAAGAUAAGAAUUUUGUAAUUGCCGAUCCGGAUAUUUUAACAUUUGAUCUUGAAGAUCAUAAACCUAUGUUCCUGGUCCUAGCAUCUGAUGGCUUAUGGGAUACUUUUUCAAAUGAGGAGGCUGUCAGGUUUAUUAAAGAAAGAUUAGAUGAACCAGAUUAUGGAGCAAAAAGUCUUACACUUCAAGCAUACUACAGGGGAUCCGUUGACAACAUUACAGUUUUAGUGAUUAACUUUGUCAACAAUGUGAUGUGGGCGACGUCAACGGCAAUCUAAAUAUUCGUAAAUGGAACAGAAUUUCGAGAUCAACAUUUUAAACAGUAUUUUUCUAUUGAUGUUUUGGUAUUGUGCGGUUAACUAACAUAGUAUGGGUCAUUUCAUGGUACAUCAUCAGAGAUCUAACUAUUUUUGUAAUGAAAAUAUCUUAAGUUAUUUUACAUACAGAAAUAAUUUUGUAAAUGAUAAUAAAUAGGCGUCUGUUUUGUUUAAAAAAAUUAAAUUAAAUACAAUAGUUUUAUAUGAUCUUUAGUAGUAUAAAAAUUUUAUCAAAAUGUUUAGUAGGUGUUUUUAAUAUUAUUAUAUUUACUUACUAUUGUAAAUAGUAAUAAAUCUUCAAAAUUUAUGUGGAUGGUUGUGACUACUCAGUUUAUAAAAAAUGUCAAAUUUUAUUCUCAAAAUUUAUUUUACAUCUAUUUGAUAUUUUUUUGCAAAUUUCACUGAGUAUAAAUUUUAGAUGGCCUAAAUUUGUUUUUACAUCUACACCAAACAGAAUGAAUAGUAUUGUAUGUUUCAAGAUGCCCAUUCUUUAUGUUCAUAUAAUAUAUUUUAUAACGUUCCUUGUUGUGCUAUGUUUUAGAGUCCAUAUAAAUGCUUUUAUAGUGUGUUAGCAAAACACUUAUUUUGUGUGGACCAUCGUCCAUUUUUAUCGAUUCCUUUUCCUUGCAUUUUCGCCUAAUUUACAUAUUCGUUAGUGCAAUUUUAUUUUUAAAAUAAUAUAAGAGUAACAUAGUUGUGUAGUAAGUGUCAAAGAUUUUAAUGUUUAUAUCUACAAUAAGUAGACUAGACAUAUUUGCCAAUUUUAAUUGUACUGUUCUUUAUUGAUAAUAUAAAAUAAGAUUUUGUCCAACAUUGUAUGAGUGAGUGUAUUUUAUGAACUCUAUAGAUAAAGGAAUGUUUCUUUACCUCGGUGCUAGUCAUGUCCUAACUACUUAUUAGUGUAUUUAAUACAAAGUCAUUAAAUUUUUACUGAGCUAAUCCAGGUACUAGUUAAAGCAUCAUCUUGCUUUAUAUUUGCAGAAUUAACUAUGUAUACCUUUUUGCCUAAGACACUGCAGAUGUAAUUUAAUUCUAAUGAUAAUUCCUAGCGAAAGUUACCUUAACUAACAUAAUAUUUAAGUACAAGCCUUUUGUUUGUUUAGUAAAUUUUAUUAUUUGAUUGAUCUGGGUCCAAUAAUUUUGUACACAGCUAGGAUAUACCUACGCUAGUAACAUAAUAAGCAAAUUUUAAUAACACAGCGUAACAUCGAACCUUCCCCAUUUUGGAAGUCUAUUAACAUAAACAUCCUAUUCUUAUUCAGCAUAGGUAAAAAAGAAACAAAAAUAGACGAGCCAAAUUUUAGUACUUAAUUAAUGUUUUUACCGUAUUU